UUUUUUAGUUCUACAUUUGAGCCUGAGCUUUUGGUCUUCACCUUUUGGUAACUGCCACAUGAUUGUUGUGCAUUUGCCCCAUUCAAGGAUAAAGAGCUUUCCUGUUUUUCCUGUACAAAGAUUUAGGAAACCGAAGAGAUCCAAAAGUGACAAGAAUUCAAAAGAAGGCAUAGAAGAUCCAAACAUCUAUGCCUCCAUUGUUUCACAGAUUUCCUUCUCAUUGACGACUUAACUACCCGUCUCUGUUAUCCGUGAAUCUCUUCGACUAGAAGACAUGAAUCUUCUUCUUUGUCGGCUGUUUCUUCUUCUACCCAUCUGGGUUUGUUACUUCUCUUUGUUAUCAGUUCUCAGUGAUGCCAGACCGGAACCAUGGUUUUCCUCCAUUUCUGAAACUGUCUUGCCGACUGGAAAUGGACCCAUUUCUUCAAUUGAUGCGACAAUGGCGGCACUUUCUCCUGGCGUACAGGUAGAAAGAAGAGAGCAGCAUGGGAAUUUAGAUAGAAAAAUGCUUGCAGCAGUUAUUUCAUCUGUUUCUGUGCUUGUUGCAAUCAUAUUAUCUAUAUUUGGUCUGUGCGUUUAUCAUCACAAGAAAUGGAUAAAUUCUGAUCCAAAGAACAUACAGAGCUCAGUUUUGGGCAAAUUGAAUUCCUUGAGGAUUACUGGUAAGAAGGGAUUGGUCUCUGUAAUUGAGUACCAGUUGUUAGAAGCAGCAACAGAUAACUUCCGAGAAAGUAAUGUUUUGGGGGAGGGUGGGUUUGGAUGUGUUUACAAGGCUCGGUUUGAUGACAACUUGCUUGCUGCUGUGAAGAGACUCGAUUGCAGUGAGCAGGUUGCUGAAAAAGAAUUUGAGAAUGAGGUGGAUUUGCUGAAUAGAAUCCGGCAUCCAAACAUAAUUUCUCUUUUGGGUUACUGCAUUCAUGGCGAGACGAGAUUUAUUGUUUAUGAACUGAUGCAUAAUGGUUCUUUGGAAACUCAAUUGCAUGGACCUUCUCGAGGAUCAGCUUUAACUUGGCAUAUCCGGAUGAAAAUUGCCCUGGAUGCAGCUAGAGGCUUGGAAUAUCUUCAUGAGCACUGCAACCCUCCAGUGAUACACAGAGAUCUAAAAUCAUCUAAUAUUCUUCUGGAUUCCAACUUCAAUGCCAAGAUUGCAGAUUUUGGCCUUGCUGUAGGUGGCGCCCAAAACAAGAACAAUAUCAAGCUUUCAGGCACUCUGGGUUACGUGGCCCCGGAAUACCUUUUAGAUGGUAAAUUGACAGAGAAGAGUGAUGUGUAUGCUUUUGGAGUUGUUCUUUUGGAGCUUCUGAUGGGAAGAAAACCUGUAGAGAAAAUGGCACCAUCUCAACGCCAAUCUAUUGUUACAUGGGCCAUGCCUCAGCUCACUGACAGAUCAAAGCUUCCAAAUAUUGUGGAUCCCGUCAUCAGAAACACAAUGGAUUUGAAACACUUAUACCAGGUUGCUGCUGUAGCUGUGUUGUGUGUGCAACCAGAACCAAGUUAUCGACCGUUGAUAACAGAUGUUCUACAUUCCCUUAUCCCUCUUGUACCUGUUGAACUUGGAGGAGCACUAAGACUAACAGAAGCGGCACGCUCUGUUGGCCCCAACCCAUCUGCCAACUGAUGAGCUGCGCACUUGUGAUGUUGUAUUACCACUGCUCCACUAUCUUUGAACCUCCAUUUGCUUGAAAUGCUGGUUGACAUCUUCUUAUCUGACUGAUUACCACUCUCCUUCCACAUGUUCCUGAUAAUUUUCUGAGGAUCUUUUCUUUUAAAAGUCCGGCGAAUGGAGGUUGGUCUACAUGGAGGAAAGUAUUUUUUUCCUUCAUUUAGUUGUAAAUUGAGGCAAUUUGGAUUAGAGUUGCUUGAUAACAGUUUGUAAAAUUACUUGUGCAUACAAGGAUCAUUCUGAGGGUUGAAAAUUACUUUCCUACGGAUUUAAAUCAUCAAAAUUCAAAACCA